AUGGCUCCUAAACAUACUACUAGUGAACAAGGAACAACAGGUGCAGCGAAACCAUCUGGCGAUACUCGCGUAACAAGAAAGCGACGAAAAAAUGACGACGAUUUGAUAUCACUCGAUGAGCCAGGAAUGCGAGGAGAUCAACACAGAAAGCCUCCACCAGAGAAGAACAUUGAGCGAGUUGUUUUCGGCGCCUAUGAAAUUCAAUGCUGGUAUUAUUCCCCCUAUCGGCUGAAGAAAAAAACUGUACAACGGCUAUACGUGUGCGAAAAUUGCCUCCUCUACACCGAUGAUGUGCGAAUGUAUAGAUGUCAUUUAGCAAAAGACUGCCAGAGAGCAAAUCCACCAGGAGUGUUGAUUUAUGAGGAAGGCAACAUUCAAAUUUAUGAAGUUUUUGGUGCCCUACAAAAGUUCUACUGCCAACGCCUAUGCCUUCUCGCCAAACUUUUUAUCGAUCACAAAACAUUAUGCUUUGACGUGGAAAAUUUUAUUUUUUAUCUUUUGUGCGAGUAUGAUAAGGAUGGAGCACACAUAGCAGCAAUGUUCUCGAAAGAAAUGCAUUCUUCAAACAAUUUGGCAUGCAUCAUGACAUUGCCAUGCUAUCAAAGAAAGGGCUAUGGAAAUCUUUUAAUACAACUUAGUUAUGAAAUGUCAAAAAGAGCCAAAUAUCCUGGUACCCCAGAAAGGCCCUUCUCUGACCUUGGUGAAAUUUCCUAUAAGAAAUACUGGCUGUAUGUUUUACUGGAAUUUUUCGACUCUGCGGUCAUGCGGAAGGUAGAGGAUGUCACUGUAGAUGAUCUUGAAGCACUGGUCGGAAUUAACAAGGAUGACAUUAAAGAUACAAUGGAGCCGAUUGGGCUGCUUUCUCAUCUCAAA